AUGUUCGAUACAUGUGAACUUUCGUAUAAACAGUUGUCACUGGAUCUGGUCCUGCAGAUGCUUGGCCAGAGGAGACUCCCAAGGCUCCCAAACUUCCUACAACGAGCCAGCCACUUUUUCUUCCAACCACAUCUUGCCCUGCCAUCAGUGCAAUGUAACCAGCUUCACUGGCCUCAGCUUCAACUCCUCCAGCUUGUGUUUCACCUGUAUUUACUGCUUCACGAGCUUCGCCUCCACCUUGUAGCCAAUGGUGCUAUCACCAAAUGCCUGAUGUGGUAUGCAAAUGGUCAUUCUGGGGCCCAGGCAUGCCACGUUGUCAACAACUUUCAAAUCGACGAUGCCCAUGACGCCGGGACCCCAUAA